AAUCAAUCGUAAAAACAAACGACGCUUAAAUCCUCGAAAGAACACCUGCGGGAUAAACGAAGGUCUUUCUUCUUUCUUUUGGCCAUCAAUCAAAAACCCUUGAAACUCUCUCUCCCUCCUCUACUAGUAACUGAAACUGCUCUUCCUUUUCUCUCCAAAUGAGCGACCCUGCCGCCAGCGCCACCGCCACCGACGACGCCAGCCACAUCGAGAAGCUCUACGAGUUUGGCGAGCGACUCAGUGAGUCCAAAGACAAGUCUCAGAAUGUGAAGGAUUACCAGGGGAUUAUGGAUGCAGCAAAAACGAGCAUAAAAGCGAAGCAAUUGGCGGCACAGUUAAUCCCGAGGUUCUUCAAGUUCUUCCCUGAGCUUUCCAGUCAAGCUGUCGAGACGCAAAUCGAUUUGAUUGAACAAGAAGAGCUCGGGGUCCGGGUGCAAGCGAUUAGGGGACUGCCGCUAUUUUGCAAGGAUACGCCGGAGUAUUUGUCAAAAAUUGUGGAUAUUCUUGUGCAACUCCUUGCAGCUGAGGAAAUUGUGGAGCGGGAUGCAGUGCUUAAAGCCCUUAUGUCCCUGUUGAGGCAGGAUGUGAAAGCAUCGUUGUCUGCCUUAUUUAAGCAUAUUGGGACUGUUGAAGAACCAAGCACGGAUGAGCUUAUUCGCGAGAAGGUUCUGAGCUUUGUAAGAGAUAAGGUUUUCCCACUCAAAGGUGAACUCCUGAGACCUCAAGAGGAAAUGGAGCAUCAUAUAACUGAUUUGAUUAAAAAGAGUUCAGAAGAUGUAACUGGAGCGGAGUUCAGAAUGUUUAUGGACUUCUUAAAAAAAUUGAGCAUAUUUGGAGACAAAGCUCCUUCUGAACGCAUGAAAGAGCUAGUUGGAAUCAUUGAAGGACAGGCUGAUCUAGAUUCAGCAUUUGAUGUGACUCAUGUUUCGGAUACAGACCAUAUUGACAGAUUGAUAUCAUGCCUGUAUAUGGCACUUCCAUUUUUCCUGAGGGGUGCAUCGAGCAGCAGGUUCCUCAAUUAUUUGAACAAACACAUCAUUCCCGUUUUUGACAAGUUUCCUGAGGAGCGGAAGCUUGAUUUGCUCAAAGCACUUGCAGAAAUAUCACCUUUUACAUUACCACAGGAUUCACGCCAGAUUCUUCCCUCUGUUGUUCAGCUUUUGAAGAAAUACAUGCCACGGAGGAAGAGCGGAGAAGAGAUGAACUUUACAUACGUUGAGUGCUUGUUAUAUGCGUUUCAUCACUUAGCUCAUAAGGCUCCAAAUGCUACAAACAGCCUGUGUGGUUACAAGAUUGUGACUGGGCAGCCAUCAGACCAUCUUGGGGAGGACUUCUCUGAGUUUUACACUGACCUGACAGAGAGGUUGAGUAGUGUAGAAGAUCUAACCAGGGCUACCAUGAAAAAGUUAACUCAGGGAAUGGCUGAACACAACAAAGCAAUGGCAGCUGCGAAGUCUGAUGAAGCAAAGGAUAGCAUAAAAACACAAAAACAGAAUACUACAACUGGGUUGCGUACUUGCAAUAACAUUUUGGCAAUGACAAAGCCAUUGCAUUCAAAGACACCGUUGUUUAUUGGAGAUAAGAGUAUCAACCUCUCUUGGAAAGAAGUAGCAAAACCUUCUGUGCCUUCCACUACCGUCUCAGCUGGAGGGAAACGACCUGCCGCCACUGCCAAUGGUUCCGGGAACAUGGAAAAAAAGGGUCGCUGGGCUGGUGGCGUGCAAAAUCAACUUGUUAAUAGGGCACUGGAAGGUAUAUCUUAUGGUGGAAGGGGCAGUCCAAGGGGCAGGGGCAGGGGGUGGGGUGGACGUGGAAGAGGAAGAAGCUUUCGGUAAAUUUCAUGCAUUCCCACAAUAAAAAGAAGUAUGAACCGGUGAUUGAGCUGCCCUAGAAGAAUAUCCAGCAGGAGUGGUUGAUGUACUAAGAUUCUUUCUCGGGAGAAAUGAGAUCAUAUAUACAUAGAGGGAACUGACACGUUUUCUGAUUUGUUGUGGACUAACACCAACUAUCGUAUUCCCAAUUUCCUAUGAGCAUGUCAAUGUAGAUUAAUGAUUUGGAUACCAAUUAGGGCUCUGAGGUCCCAAUCCUGAUUCCUGACUAGUUUAGCCACCGAAGUUGCAUUGCAGGACUUCUGAUUCCUUGUAUUUUAGUCAGGGCGUGGUUGCUUGUAUUUUAUGUCAGUAUUUGUCAGCAGACUUGGUGACUUGUUUAUUCAAAUUCCUCUUGUACUUUUUGAUA